CGUCAACACAGAUUUGCAACCCAUUGGUUGCACAGUCUUUUGUUAGCAUCGUUUGGACACUUGUUUGCCAUUCAUAUCAAUCGGACACUCAUUGCAAGCGAAGUCUACGCGACAUAUCAGCCAUACAUCUGAUCCAUUUCACUGACACUGAGUGCAAUGUCUGUACGAGGAGGAAGUGGCAGUGGGGGCGGCGGUGGUCGCGAGUCGUGUCCGAUCGACUGCAAGGUCUAUGUGGGAGAGUUGGGCGCAAACGGGACGCGACACGAGUUGGAGGAGGCGUUCCGGUCGUACGGAAGCGUCCGCAACGUCUGGGUGGCCACCAAUCCGCCCGGUUUUGCGUUCGUCAUGUUUGACGACCCCAGAGAUGCCAAAGACGCGUGUCGUGGCCUCGACGGCAAAACGAUUUGCGGUCGAAGAGUGAGGGUUGAGAUGUCGACCGGAAAGACCCGACACGACGGCAAGGGUUACGGCGGCCGAGGAGGCGAUCGCUAUGGCGGUGGCGGCGGCGGCGGUGGUGGCUUCAGAGGCGGACCCCCUCGAGGCCCUCCUCGACGCGACUACAGCCGCGACUCACGAAGAGAUGACUUCAGAGACGACUACAAGAAGAGGGGCCGCUAUUCGAGUCAAUAG